ACCGCAGCUUCCACCCAACGCCCGGCGUCGCGGGUCCCGCCCGCGUGGGUUCGACACCGAUGGCCGACGGUUCGAGCGCUGCUCCGGCGUACCCCGCCACCUUCAUGAGGUAUCAGAGCCCUGAGGUGCAGAAGCCCUCUCUGCCCCUACGAUCUGUCGACCGGUCUGCGAAUCUGGAGAUCCGUUCCCAUCCUCCCAGUGGUUGGAGCGAGGACAAAGGGCCAAUCGAAUUGACUCAGGAAGCAGCCGAGACCCUCUUGAGGAGUUUGGCAGAGGAACCCUUCGAGACGGUCUUCGAGGGUGAGGAUCCUCUCAGCAGCUGCUCCUACGUUCGAAACCUUGACACCAAAGAGGUGCGGCCUCUAGCCCCGGAGAGCUUCACGGAAAGCUUUGUCGGGAAGCUGUUCAAGCCCAAGCCAACUCGUCAUCACAUGCGACCCUGGAAGCUCUGGUGGUGUGAGAAGAGACGAAAGGACGAGCUCCUCCUCGAGGCCGCCCUGCUGGGUGAUGCCGCCGCUCUGCUGGACCUGCUGGAGCAACCGCCCAACGGCAACCCCCCCGCCGCGGCCAACGCCUUCGCCUGCGGCGCCCGGUGCGCUUGGCAGGGAAGGGCAGCGUUGCACUUGGCGGUGCAGAGCGAGAGCCUAGAGGCGGUGGAAGUCUUGCUGGACAAAGGAGCACAGGUGAACGUGCGCAGUCGUCCCUGCAAGCUGACGCCUUUGCAUGUGGCUUCCGCCCAGGGCAGCAUCGAUUUGGUGAGUCAUUUGCUGACGGCGCGCGCGGACGUGCUCUGCCAGACUGAGGAUCGACAGAUCGCGCUGCACUACGCGGCCGCGAAUGGGCACUCGGAGGUGGUGAAAGUGCUCUUGAAGCAGGAUGCCAGUCAACUGGGCUAUCGCAACAUCUUGGGCCAACGUCCUGCGGAGGCCGCUGCCGACUUCGCCACGCUGUGCGCCUUCCGCGCCUGGGAGUUCCAGUGCUCCAGCUUCACACCCAGCGGCGGCACCGGCAGCUGUGGCACCGGCAGCUGGACGGGCGGGCGCCGGAACAGCGGCUGCAGCGAGGCGAGCACGGCGACGGGCAGCGAGCUGCCGGUGCUUGAGAGUGAGAAGCCGCACGACCAUAGCGACCUCUAUGCCGAGCGAAGCACCUUCGGCUGUGGAACCACCUUGCUCCUGCGCAAUGCCCGGCCAGACGCCGUACAGCGGCUGCUAGAGAAGACCCGCCAGUUGGAGGCAGCGAACGAGAAGCCAGAGAAGGCCACCUUGACAGCCCGGGCCUUGAAGGAUCUCAAGGCCAGCGCGUCACCGAAGGACUCCCCCAGCCGUUCCCCGGUCUCCAGUGGCACCUCCACCCCCGCGAGCCGCGCGCGGGGGCCGCCCUUCGCGCGGAUGAAGAGGGGCCACUCGCGGGUGGAGAAGGUGGGCCCCAACUCCUUCGAGCUGGUGAACCUCUUGGGGCGUGGCAGCUUCGGGGAGGUCUUUCAGGUGAAGCAUAAGCGCACUGGAAAAGCCUAUGCCAUGAAGGUGCUUCAGAAGAGCAGGAUCAUGGGCAGCAACCUGCUGCGUUAUGCGGUCACUGAGAGGAAUAUCCUGGCCUACAUCCAGCACCCGUACAUUGUCUCCUUGCACUACGCCUUCCAGACCACGAGCCACCUAGUAUUAGUGCUGCAGUACUGUCCCGGAGGGAACUUGCAGCAUCUCCUCACGCGCGAGAAGCGCCUUUGUGAGACCUUGACACGCUUUUAUGCCGCUGAGAUUCUUCUAGCUCUCAUCCACUUGCAUGAGAGGAACACUGUUUUCCGUGACCUGAAACCUGACAACGUGGUCCUUGAUGAGACACACCACGCCUUGUUGACUGACUUUGGGCUGUCCAAGGAGGGUGUCACUCAGCGAGGGACGUGCUCCUUCUGUGGCUCUGUGGCCUUUUUGGCGCCCGAGAUCCUACUUCGAAAAGGCCACAACCUGACAGUGGACAUCUACAACCUGGGCGUGCUCGUUUAUGACAUGCUCACUGGGAUGCCACCGUUCUAUCAUCAUGAUAGGGAGACCCUGUUCACCCACAUCAAACAUGCACACCUUGAGGUGCCCCUCUACGUGUCACGCGUGGCACGUGCCUUCAUUGAGGCAACCAUGGAACGAGAUCCCAGCAAACGCUUGGGUGCGCACGGCACGGAGACCGUCAAGGACCACGUCUUCUUCAUGGAAACAGAUUUCGACAUGCUGAUGCGAAGAGAGGUGCCGGUGCCUGAGGCGCAUCCAGCGGAUGAACCAUCCAUCCCUUGCAGGUCACCACUGGGACUGGCCCGGCUCGAGAGCCCCUUCGCGCGCGCGGAGCGCGCUCCGGGCUGGCGCUCCAGGUAUGCUCGGACCGCCCGAAGGUUUGACCGUGGUGUUCCGGAGUGGGACAUCUCCAUCGAGGCCAGUGCGUCCACUUCGCUCUCGGCAGACACUGGCAACUCCAGUGGUGCCUAUGGAAGUGAAUCCUCUGGCAGCACAUGGAGGCGUGGCCUGCCCUUUCAGAGGCGUCCCUCUUCACAAUCCUCGCGGGAGCUGUAGGUACCUAAAUCCACCAUCGCAGCCGGCUGAUCUCGAGGGUUCGCAGCCGAAGAUCCUCCACCACUUGCUGCAUGUCCUCCACUGCUUGCAGUCUAUGUGGGUGUGUAUUAGAACCCAUAUAUCUCCUGGCCCCCCAAAUGGUUGCGGUCUUUCCCUCCAUUCAACUGGGCGGGUCGAACUGCCGAAG